UUUGCACGAGUUUGCGCUGCGCUCUCGCCCCCUCCGCGCGCCUUGGCCUCUGCCUCUAUAUACAUACGGCCAACCGGGCGCCGGCCACCGGCCACCACCAGAAUCCCAGUUCCACCGUAUCUAUCACUAUCAGUCGACGCCGACGCUCCUCCAUCCUCUGCCAGUACCAGGUCGCCUUUUUUUUUGCAGUUCUUCCUCGCUCUGCUCCAAGGCCGGCGCAGCGCAGGAGAUCGAAGGGGAAGGAUGAUGGCGGCGAUGGGCGGCGCGGUGCGGGUGCUGUGCGGCGCGGAGAAGGAGCGGGUGGUGGGCACGCGCAAGGCGCCCGGGGCGUGCCCGCGCUGCGGCGGGGCCGUGGUGGCCGUCGACGUGGAGAGCGAGCGCCGCUUCCUCGGCCUGCCGCUGUGCCUCCAGAGCAAGCGCAAGUACUCCUGCACCCGCUGCCUCCGCCGGCUCGUCACCCUCUACAGCUGAGAGCUCAAGAACGAGCUACACUACGCUACACAUGCACCCCUCGAUCUCUUCUUGCCAAGCGCCCGCCGGCCCGCCCGUCGCCGAUGACAAAAGCUCCGGUGGCUACAGCUCGAUCGGCCUCUUGGAACUUCGACAAGAAUUAAUAAUCUGCUUCGAUUUUUAUUGACUAAGGAUAACUGUGUAGGAUCGUCGAUUUCACAAUAACGACCGUCAACGAGCCGGAGCCGCGCGCGAUGGCCAGUGCCUCUCUGCCUCUCGUCGUAUGGCGACCGGCACCGGCAGUCAGCAGAGGCGGCGAACAUGCGCGCGCGAUAGAGGGAAGAGCCCGCUAGCUAGCUCGCCGUUAUGCUGCGUCCAUCUAUCACCAUCUUUGCUUGGAAGUACUAGUAAAUUACUAGUGUACUGUAGUAAAGAGAGAGUGCAACUUCUCCUCACCGGCCGGAGCGACGACUUCCGCCUGCUGCUCACUGUGGAGUGUGGACCGAUCCGGGACUCCUCAGUUGAGAACUUGAGAUGACUGGCGCAAUGGCCAUGGACUCUGGCGAUUUAGCCUCCAUGCAUGCUCAUAGCUGACACGAUCUAUGGGCCCGGCCGGUUGGUAUAGUUGGUACCAACUCAGAUAGGUCGAUACCGACUGUCAUGUAUCGUCUUUUGAUUGGUAGUACAUGAUAUUUUGAUAUCCAAAAAACUAAAAGAAUAUGUUUAUGAACUAUGUAUCCCUUUAGUUUUAGAUAUUAUAUUUUUUAUGUUUAUAAAUAUGUCGAUUUUAUU